UUCAGCUCUGUCAAAACAUGUCAAACGGUUCAUCACCACGUGCAAAAUCAAAAUAAACCUACCGAAUAUCACAAAAUCUCAAAAAAUAUGGGGAAAACUAAACGUAGCAAGCCGUCAGAGGCGGCCAAUAAAGUGCCCCUGGAACAAGAUAUCUACGACUCAAAGUUUGCCAAGGCUAAAAUGAGGAAUAAAGUCAGACUGAGGCAAGCAGAGGAGGAACAGUAUGUCGACUCUAGCUUAUCGAGGAAAAUCCUAUCGGCAGCCAGAGAACAGCAAAGGGAAUUAGAGGAUGGGGUUGAAGGUUCACCCUCGAACAGUAAGAAAAUUCCAGCUGCAAUAAAGCUUGGAAAUGAUGACCAUAGUGAUUCUGAAUCUGACAAUAAUGAGGAGGAUUUAUUAGAGCCCGACACAUUUUACGAAAACAUAGAAAUCAAUGAGGAGGAUGAAAAAGCGAUGGAAGUAUUCAUGAGUAAGAAUCCUUUGCCUAGACGUACAUUAGCUGAUAUCAUUAUGGAGAAAAUAACAGAAAAACAAACUGAAUUGGACACACAUUUUAGUGAUGCCGGUUCAUUACAAAUGCAAGACUUGGACCCCAGAGUAAAAGCCAUGUAUGAAGGUGUAAGAGACGUUUUAAGACGCUAUAGAAGCGGUAAACUACCCAAAGCCUUCAAAAUUAUCCCUAGCCUAAGAAAUUGGGAACAGAUCUUGUAUAUAACAGAUCCCCCAAGCUGGUCUGCGGCCGCCAUGUACCAAGGCACCAGGAUUUUCACGUCAAAUUUAAAAGAGAAAAUGGCCCAGAGGUUUUUCAACUUGGUACUGUUGCCUAGGAUAAGGGACGACUUGGCAGAGUACAAAAGGUUAAAUUUCCACCUCUAUCAAGCCUUAAGGAAAGCCCUGUAUAAGCCCGGAGGAUUCAUGAAGGGUGUUUUACUGCCGCUACUAGAAUCUGGCAAUUGCACCUUAAGAGAGGCGAUAAUAGUGGGAUCCGUUAUAGCAAGAAACUCGAUACCGAUGUUGCAUUCGUCAGCUGCCAUUUUAAAGAUAGCCGAAAUGGAUUAUACUGGGGCCAACUCGAUAUUUUUAAGGAUAUUCUUGGAUAAGAAAUACGCGUUGCCCUAUAGGGUCGUGGACGCCCUGGUUUUCCACUUUUUAAGGUUCGAACGGGAUCAGAGGGAGUUGCCGGUGCUGUGGCACCAAGCUUUCUUGACUUUCGUACAGAGAUACAAAGCGGAUAUUUCUUCAGAGCAACGAGACGCACUAUUGGAACUUUUGAAGAAACAAAAUCAUCACACUAUAACGGCGGAAAUUAGGCGAGAGCUACAGAACGCCAAGUGUAGGGACGCGGAAGAUGCCGAACCCAAAAUGGACAUGGAGUAAAGAAAUGUUGGUAUCGGAGGGUUUAAAAGUUUGAUUUAUUGUAUUUUAAGAUUAAUAAAAUGUUUUCAUAAAA